GCUUGUGUCCGGACGAGGGCUGUGUUUUCUGUUCGUAACACUCGGUGAAAAUGUGUGAGAAGUGACGGCGCAGGCAGAGGCGGUGGAUUAAUUUUCCUUCUGUGACUCCAGUCACAGGAAGCAGGUCGACACAUAAAAAAUACUGUAACCAUCGGAUUUUUGUUUUUAUGCGAUUCAUGCUAAUUUAAUUACGGGAUCCUAUUUUAAGAUUUUCUGCCUGAGUAAAUGCGCAGCCUGCGACUCCAAUGGGUUAAAUGACAGUGACAGCCAUCUUUCAAAAGACACUGUAGAGACUGUAAUGUAGAUACAGCUGUGUUUCAGUGUAGGUCAGAUAAUCAGCUUCAUCAUGAGUUGCAAAAUUGAUAUGUUUUUAGUGUUAUGCAAUCACUAUAAAUAUUUCUGUAGAUCUUAUAUAAGAUAUGGACGACUGCAGACCCGCUGCUUGCAAAGGGAAGCGCUGGGGGAAAGGACCGGAAGUGCUCCUUCGGUUGGGAGUUAACGCUUUAUGAACGCGACCUUAGUCUGGUUUCACUUAAUUUUAUUUAUUUAUUUUUUACAAUGUAAUUUGAAAAUAAAUAUAUUAAACAUAUAUGAAACAAAGUAUUGAAAAUAAAUAAUUAUCAGAUAUCCAAUUCAAAUUAAGCAGCGUAUUCACUUACUUUAGUAGUAAAUGAAGGAAAAUGAAGUCACUUCUCACUGGAUUUAUAAAAUGUUCAAACAUUUACUCUAUACAUUUUUAUAUGAAAUAUGGUACAUUUCUGUCUCAUUUUGGUACAAGCGACAACCAGUGAUGUAUAUGUGACUAAAACCCUGCGCACAACCUCGUGCGGUUUUCAGUAUAAUUUCAUGAAGAUUUAGAAUGUUGUUGACUAAGUUUAUAUCGUUGUCUUGAUAAGAAAACAUGAAAGGAUUGGAACUAUAUGGGACAUACUUUAUAUGUUUGUUAUUUGAAAACAAACGAGGGUUUUCUUAUAUCAUACUUAAGUUUAUUUUUGGGGAAUUCCUGAUUUCUCCAAACGCCAGAAAUUAGAUGAUAAAUGAUCAGUGUCUUAAUCAUUAUUUAUUUGGUAUAUUUUUCAUGUACAUCGGCUUUGAUCCCAUGAUUACGAAACACUUGUGUUGACAAACACACCCAGUGCUGAUGUGCGUCAUGGUUGGAUACGACAUCACCUAGUUGUAUAAUGAAAUAAACACACAAAUAAGAACAUAAAACUGGGGAGACGAGGGGCGCACUGUUUAAACCGGAUGUAUACAUCGUAUGAGACGCCCUAUUACGCGAUAAAGGGGCGGAAAUAAAAAGGACUAAAAGAAGGAGGAGACGUGUUCGCGUACACAUAAACACCAAGUGACUCUUGGAGCUUGACAGUUUGUGUUCGCUGAGAGACAGACACAGACGGACUCACAGAGGGACAGACGGGGACGUGUGUUGACUCCAGGAAAACUAAGGAAAGCAGACAGGGCAGGUCUCGCGUGAUUUCAGCUGCUGGGCCUGAGGUGAUUUCUCCAUCUUACGUAGGUUUACUUUUGACCCCCCGAGUGUCCUCUGGACAUCAGCUGACCAUGGGUGCGUGAGCAGAGGACACACAGGGAGAAACGCCGCCACAGCAAGUGUGUGUUCACUUUAACACUGCGAGGCUCCACCAAGAGGGGAGCAGAGACUCAGUGGAGCAACGAGGAAACAUUUAAUUUAAAAGACAAAAUGUCUCAGAACAGAAAACUGGUGGUCGACUACAUACAGUAUAAACUUUCCCAGAGGAACUUUCCCGUCCACCACCUGGGACUCGGUGAUUCUCCAAACAGGACUGAUGGGGAAGAGGCAGGGUUGGGCGCAGAGCAGCGGACAAGUACGCACGCCAACGGGACUGUAAACGGCACAAGUUCUGGGACGCCGCCUGCAUCUCCACUGCGGCAGCAGCAUUCGGCGUCGGAUACAAGUCUGGACUCCAUUAAAGAGGCUCUGCGGGACUCGGCCAACGAGUUUGAACUGCGAUACGCGCGGGCCUUCAGCGAUCUGCACCAGCAGCUGCACAUCACACCAGCCACUGCCUACCAAAGUUUCGAGAAUGUGAUGGACGAAGUGUUCCGGGACGGUGUCAAUUGGGGUCGCAUCAUAGGGCUCUUCGCCUUCGGCGGGGCGCUGAGUGUCGAGUGCGUGGAGAAAGAGAUGAGUCAGCUGGUGGCCAGGAUUGCGGAUUGGAUGACAGUCUAUCUUGACAACCACAUCCAGCCAUGGAUCGAAACCCAAGGUGGAUGGGAGCAUUUUGCGGAACUCUUUGGUCAGGAUGCAGCAGCGGAGAGCCGGAGGUCACAGGAGAGUUUUAAGAAAUGGUUGCUGGCUGGGAUGACGCUGGUGACAGGCGUGGUGGUGGGCUCCCUGAUUGCCCAGAAACGUCUCUGAGGGACCAGCUGAUCUUUGAAGACCCGCCCUCCUCCUCCUAGAGCUAAAGUUUUCUCCUGUGAUUCCUCCUGCACCUGUGUUUUCCACCGCACUGCAGGAGUUAAACCUGAGGGCGCCUCGUGUUUGGUCGGAACAGCCGAAACCUUUGUCUCACCUUUGUUGUUCUUCUCCUCCGUGUCUCACAAGAAUCCGCAGCAGGGGGUUGGAUUUUGUAGCAAAACAGGGAAAAAGAUGGAAAAAGGAGAAGGGAGGACGUUUUCACCUGAUAUGACCCCGAUGAAGAAUGUGUGCUGAUUCCAAGACAAAGAGCACAUUAUUCUCUCCCUCACUGAGGCCGGUUGCUUCAACUGUUUCUUCAUUCAGCAUUUUUCCUUUUUGUACGUAUGUAUCUAUGUAUAUGUAUCUUUUAGUUUUUAACAAUUUUUUUUUUUUGCUUUUCAC